UGUGGCGGGAAGAAGGCUUGGGUGUAGAGUGCGAGCGGAGCACGGGAGUGUGCGGGGAGAAGCCGCAUGCGGACGGCCGGAGGGCGAGCGACCGUGAUUUGUGAGGGGGUCUGGCGGCGUGCUCCAGUCAGAAUGAUCGAGGUUGUUUGCAACGACCGUCUGGGGAAGAAAGUCCGCGUGAAGUGCAACACCGAUGACACCAUUGGGGACCUUAAGAAACUGAUCGCGGCUCAAACUGGCACCCGUUGUGACAAAAUUGUCCUUAAGAAGUGGUACACGAUUUUGUUUUUUUAUUUUUUUUGGUACACGAUUUUUAAGGACCACGUGUCUCUGGGAGACUAUGAGAUUCAUGAUGGGAUGAACCUGGAGCUUUAUUACCAGUAG